AUGCUCUGCGCCGGCCAUCAGCAGCCCAUGCUCUGCACCGGCCAUCUCUCCCUGAUCUCCACCGAGCAAGCCAAAACCGAAUUCCCCUCCUCCUCUCCUUGCUUCACCUGCAAGCAAUCGCACCUCCAUACAUACACCACACAGCAGCACACCAUCGGCGUUCUCCUCUCCCUGCAAGCACACGGAGCUCUCCUCCUCUUCCCCACACAGGCACAAGCAUACAUACACACCUGCAGGAGCUCAAACACACACAUGCAUACAAGCACAGCAGCAGCACCGCGACGCCGCAUCCACACAUCCUCCCACUGUCGCGCCGAGCUGCCCUGCGCCGCCGUGCUCCCCGUUGCCGCGCUCGCUGCCGACGUGUGCACCGCGCCCUGCGCACCUCCGCGCUGCUGCUCCUCCAUGCCGUCGCGCCGCCGACCUGCUGGCCCAGCCGCAGCCCCGCUCGCGCGCUGCCCUGGCCGAGCCCGGCCGGCUAUCUCCUGCGCCGCCUUCGUGUCGCCGUACCGCGCCCAUCGUCGCUCGCACCGUCGCCGUGGCGCCGUCCCGCGUCGCCGCUCGGUCGCACCCCUCUACAUCGUCCCGUGCCGUUUCCCAUCGCCGACAGCCCACGGUGAGCCUCCCCCUCUGCUCCUUCUUCCGCGCUGCCGCCCGACCCGCACCACGUCGAGCCAUCGUGCGCGUGUCCCCGUGCUGUCGCCGGCCGAGCCGCGCGUGCCGCGCCAUCUCUCUGCUGCGCCGCACCGCUGGCCGCCGCGUCACGCCGUCUGCACGCCGCGCUCCACCGCGCCGCGCUGCGCACAGCCCCCGCCCGCGUGCGCCGUGCCGCCUCCUGCCUCGCCAACCCGCGCCUCCCGCCGCGCCGCGCAUCCCGUCGCGCUACCGAACCUCCACUGA